AAUCUAAGUUUUGAUUGGGAUUGAGUUUUCGUUUCGAAUUGAUAUCUAUACAACUUACAAAGCGUACGAGAACUUGCUUAAGAAGUUCUUACGUGACCGAAGAGUCAAAUAGGGUCCAAAAACUAACAGUGUCCUGGUCGUACACGCGGCCUUAUGAGUAGUGACACUUCUUCGAUUUUUCCGUUUGAUUUCGUCGCGGCCUCGUAAUUUUCAAAUAAUUCCUACAAAAAUAAAAAAUUAAUAGAUAUUGACUCGUUUACUUUUUAUGGUCAUAUAUUAAUGAAAUUCCUCGUAAAUUCCUGUGAAAUUUCUAUAAAAUAAGGAAAUCUUCGAAACUGCAAUUGUCAUCAAGAAGCUUCAACGUCUCAAAUCAUCUCUCCUCUACGUCUCUCUCUUAAAAAUAUCAGAAAUUUCUGAAGCUCUUCUAUAGUUUUUUCUUGAGCCAUGACUGCGCAGAAAUCUGUGUUGCAACUGAGUGUUCACGAGGAAAGUAUCAGGAAGAAAGCAUGGAAGACCGUUUCUAAGUGUUCAGGGGUUACUUCGGUAGCAAUGGAUGACAAAACCGGGAAAAUGACGGUGGUGGGAGAAGUUGAUGUACCAAAACUCGUAAAGAAGCUAAGGAAGAUAUGUACCGCAGAUAUCGUUUCGGUAGAAGUUGUUAAACCACCUGAGAAAAAGGAACCGGAGAAACCGAAACAACCUGAGGUUAUUGUCAACCCGGUUGCCUAUUGGAGCAACCAGUACCAAUACCAUCCUGCUACAUAUGCAAGUUCUUAUUGUCCACCAUGCGGGUAUUCUAGAGUUGUGGUGGAGGAACCAAGGCCUUGUGUGAUUUUGUAAUUUUUCCUAGAAUUAUUUCAGAUAAUAUUAGUUAUAUUUGCACUUAAUUUUGAUGGAAGAGUGUAUUUUUGGGUAUUGUAAUCUACAUUUCCCGUAUGAGUCUAUUCAAUAAAAACAGCCAGCUUAUGUUUGAUGAA